GCCAGUAUUCUGUCUGCUCUGGCAACCUCAGUCCCUCUUGUCCUGGGAUGGAUGGGUACAGGUAUGAAGGAGAUGCUCAGCAAGGACUCUAUGACUACAGGCUGAUUGUUGGGGACGUGAAGGAGCCCCCACUGUCCCCGACACGUACCUCCCAUCGACGCUCACUCAUUAAUGGUUUCUCACCAGUACACAGUGGUCACCUCCAUGGGCAUGAAACAGCAGCACAGAGGUACAGUGCUACCCGGCUGCAGGCGGGGUAUGAACCUGAGAGCAUGGCAGACUACCUGAUUAGUGGCGGGACUGGAUACGUACCUGAAGAUGGACUCACUGCCCAGCAGCUCUUUGCUAUUUCUGAUGGACUCACCUACAAUGACUUCUUGAUUCUUCCGGGUUUUAUUGACUUUACUGCUGAUGAAGUGGAUCUGACAUCUGCUCUGACUCGCAAAAUCACACUGAAGACUCCCUUGAUUUCCUCUCCCAUGGACACUGUUACAGAAUCUGAUAUGGCAAUUGCAAUGGCAUUAAUGGGAGGUAUUGGAAUCAUUCAUCACAAUUGCACACCAGAGUUCCAAGCCAAUGAAGUGCGCAAAGUGAAAAAAUUUGAGCAAGGCUUCAUCACUGACCCUGUGGUUAUGAGCCCCAACCACACUGUUGGAGAUGUAUUUGAAGCAAAAACUCGUCAUGGGUUUUCAGGGAUGCCCGUCACUGAAACUGGAAAGAUGGGCAGCAAGCUGGUGGGGAUAGUCACUUCAAGGGACAUUGACUUCUUAACAGAAAAGGACUAUACAACCUAUUUGAGUGAGGUAAUGACCAGGCGAGAAGAUCUAGUUGUCGCUCCAGCAGGUGUUACCCUUAAAGAAGCCAAUGAAAUCUUGCAACGUAGUAAAAAAGGAAAACUUCCCAUCGUUAAUGACAGUGAUGAGCUGGUUGCUAUUAUUGCGAGGACAGAUUUAAAAAAGAACAGAGACUACCCAUUGGCCUCCAAAGACUGCAGGAAGCAGCUGCUGUGUGGGGCAGCUAUUGGGACCAGAGAAGAUGACAAGUACCGGCUGGACCUGCUCGUGCAAGCUGGUGUGGAUGUGGUCGUUCUGGACUCGUCUCAGGGGAAUUCUGUUUAUCAGAUAAACAUGAUCCAUUACAUUAAGCAGAAAUACCCCGAACUUCAGGUGGCUGGUGGCAAUGUGGUGACUGCAGCACAAGCUAAGAAUCUGAUUGAUGCCGGUGUGGACGCCCUCCGGGUCGGCAUGGGAUGUGGCUCUAUAUGCAUUACGCAGGAAGUAAUGGCUUGUGGCAGGCCUCAAGGGACUGCAGUAUACAAAGUGGCCGAGUAUGCUCGCCGUUUCGGCGUUCCUGUCAUAGCAGAUGGAGGGAUUCAAACUGUGGGUCAUGUGGUAAAAGCAUUGGCUCUUGGGGCUUCAACAGUGAUGAUGGGCUCAUUGCUAGCUGCCACCACAGAGGCUCCAGGUGAAUAUUUCUUUUCUGAUGGUGUGAGGCUCAAGAAGUACAGAGGCAUGGGCUCGUUGGAUGCAAUGGAGAAGAAUGCUAGCAGUCAGAAGAGAUAUUUUAGUGAAGGCGACAAGGUUAAAGUAGCCCAAGGAGUGUCUGGGUCCAUUCAGGACAAAGGAUCAAUCCAUAAGUUUGUACCGUACCUAAUAGCAGGCAUUCAACAUGGCUGCCAGGAUAUUGGUGCCAAGAGCCUUUCCAUACUUCGUUCCAUGAUGUAUUCAGGGGAGCUCAAGUUAGAGAAGAGAACUAUGUCUGCUCAAGUGGAAGGUGGAGUCCAUGGUCUUCAUUCUUACGAGAAGCGGCUGUACUGAGGUAGGGAGACGCACGCACCGUCGGUCAACACCCAACAUUCCUUCUCUGGUCCCAACCAAGUCCUUGUGAUGCACCAGACUCCAGCCCUUAGCCUAUUCCCUUCCCAAGAUGAUGCAGGAAAUCCAACGUAUCACUGUUUACUGACUCGCCGAGUGGAGAGUAUUUGCACUAUAAACACCUCUUCAUUGGGCGUGUGAAAAGACUUCAACGAUUUAAACACCAUGACCACGAUCCUGCAAAUACGCUAUUAGCGCGAACUAACUACUCUAACUCAUAUUCUUUUCUUCCUUCUGUGAUUCCUGAGCAUUCCUUUUGAAGCUGCAAAGGCUAAACAAAUUAUUUUCAAAGAGGGGAAAUGUUUAUCGAAUAUGCCAAUUCCUAAUCUUGUGACCUAAGCAUGGAAGAGCUAUAGAUACAUUGAUAAAAGAAAUCUCCAUUCCUAUACCAAA